AGCGAAAUGGAUGUUUAUCGUUUGAUCGAGGAAGUACGCAAAAGACCGGCUUUGUGGGAUUUCAGCAAUGUACGCAACAAAACACACAGCAUGCUAAAUGACCUAUGGGCAGAGGUGGCCAAAGCCAUGGAUGUGGAUGAUGUUGAACGCGUCCGACGCAAAUGGCAACAUUUGCGUCAUUCAUAUCGCUCCAUGGUGAGAUACUAUGAACGCCGCCAGAAGAUCGAUAAAAAGUGGGAAUACUAUGAUGCCUUGAGUUUUAUUAAGGAUAACAAACGCAAAAGGCUUAGGAAAAAACAGGCAGCAGGGCAACCCCAUAUGAAAGACACUUUCCAAAAAUCUGAGUUGCCGAAAGCUGACACCAGCAUUGACAAUCAAUGCAUGGAAAUUGUAGACGAGGAGAUAGACACUUUUGAUGACAGCACAUCCUUGGAGGAAUUUCAAAGCGUAAGUUCAUCGGCCCUUCUUAAUGGAUUGGCUUUGCCCAAAGGAUUAACUGUGGCCAAACUGCCCAUGGCUACUAAAGAUGAAAAUGGCCACCAAAAUGAUUGCCACACUGAGCCACCACUAAACUCAGGACUUGCAGAAGUAACGCUCAACCAUUCCGUGACGAAUACAAAGCCGGCUCCAAAAUGUCCCUUAAGCGAUUAUUCCAAUGAUUGUGAUUAUAAUUUCUUGAUUAGUUUUCUGCCACAACUCAAGCGAAUGAAUGCGCUGCAAAAUUUACAAUUUCGUGCCAAAAUGAGUGAAAUUGUCUUAAAUAUUCUAAGUCCUACUUUGGAAGUGCCAUGUCAAGUAAUACCUUCAAUGAUGUCCCUACCGAAUGGUUUGCAAUGGAAGUAG